AUGUCUGCGCCUGAUAAUUCGAUUGAGAAAAUCAAGGCCGAUCUCGAGCCGUACAUCAAGCCUCGGGAGCAGGUCAACUACAUCCGCCGGAUCAUCGCGCUCCAUCUCGCCGCAUGUUCUCAGGAUGCCCCUGCAAACCAGCCGUUGGUCCUAGCAGGAACGUCUCGCGAUAUCAUUGCGCCGUCGCCAAGCGCCAAAGGCUUACAUCGCGAGUAUUUCGAGGCUCUCAAGGCCAACGUUGCUGCCAAGAUUGACAUGGACGACAUGGUCCAGCAGAGACCUGCGACACCUGAGCGGGUGCCUCCACCUCCCUUGGAUCACAUCAACCCACUGGAAGAGCGUGUGGCGACGUUGAAAUUGGAGGAGAAGAAACGAAAACUCUCCAUUGUACGCAAGUACCUUGACCAGCUUGUCGACCAGCCGGCGGCUUCGCCAGCUUUCUUGGACACGGAUGAAAUCUUCCGGGGAUGUCCUCGACUACCCAGUGUUCCUCAGGACUUCCUCAACGACAUCGCCUCAACAGGCGACGGGGCCGGCACAGAUCUCGAGGUUCAAGCACAGCGGCUUGAGAAGAUUGUGUUGAGAUCGAAAUUGCAGUUGCGGCAGGAGGAGAGGCUACUCCAAGAAGCCAAGGAGCGGUCACGCGACAGACCCGAUGUCAUCAGUAACGGCGCCAGGCUGGUGGCGCUGAGUGCUACACGCAACGAGCUGAUUACUUGGAUUGAAACAGAACUGAGCACGGCGUCUGCCAACGAAUCCAGACAUGGCGAGGACGGAAGCAGUGGCCGUCGGGAGGCGGAUCAAGCGACGAUCAAUCACGGGCUUUCCGACAUCAAACAGAAAUACGAAAAGUAUCUCGCACAGAGAACGCGGCUACUUGAGCUCGCCCAAUACCAACCGCAGAUCUCUACCAAGCCAGAGCUGAAACCAAAAGAGACGCAACCGACUACCAAACCACCCACUCAGCUUGUCAAUCACUUAUUGAUACCCUACAUUGAGCGCUUGCUCGCGUUGUCGAGAGCCCAGCGGUCUUCCAUUGCGCACAAAUCACAUCUCAAAGCCAUGCUGAGCAAGCAGACGAAAGACGCUUGCCAGAGCCUGGGUCAUCUCGCUGAGGAAAGCCAACUCCUGCCAGCGUAUCCCAUGAAGGAUUCCCAACGGAGGCGCUCGGGAUUUAUCGAUGACAUUAUGAACAAGAGGACCGACGCGCCGGAUAUCACGAAGAGGAUUAAGCCGUGGAUGUUUGCAUCUGAUUCGGCCAAGAUUGUGAACUUGGAGGCCGUGGCAGAAACGAUGGAAGCAGGCCAGCUAGGCUUGGAAGGCUCGAUCAAGGCUAUAUCUGAGCUGGAAAGACUCUUGGGUUUGGCUAAGGUCAAAGAAGAGGUGGAGGCUAAGGACGGUCUUGCCGAGGGCAAUGUGUCAGGGGCCGACAAGAGACAGGUCAAGCCGGAGAAUGGUACAGGUGAUGUUUGGUCUGUUCUGCAUGGAAACCUCGGCCUCAUCGGCCAGGAAGAUUGUAUAUGA